AUGGAUCCGGGACCGGAGAAUCCCGACGUUUUGUACCUUCAGGCGAGUCAUUGUUCAGACCAUAUUGGUUCGGGAGAGCCCGUACCAGAGUUCACGAUGAUCGAGCAUUCCCAUAGUCAUUCGGCUUGGGUUAUUGAGGAUGAGAGGGUACUAGCUUUGAUCGCUCAGGCCGGUUUUCAUCCGUGUUCGAUGAUUCGUUAUAUCAGGCUUGAUUGGCCGCUUAUCACUGCUUUGAUUGAGAGGUGGAGGCCAGAGACCAACACCUUUCACAUGCAUAUAGGGGAGUGCACGAUCACUUUACAGGACGUGGCCGUCAUACUUGGGCUCCGGAUCGAUGGACCGGUAGUUACAGGCACCGAUGAUCAUAGUUGGCCGGAGGUAUGUGCCCGGCUUCUUGGACAGGUUCCCGACUUGAGGAGUGGUGCGAUGAAGCUAUCGUGGCUUCGUCAGACAUUUCAGGGCGACAUACCAGAGGAUGCCUCUGAUGAGACGCUCCAGUUUCAUGCUCGUGCAUACAUAUUGCACAUGAUAGGGUGCGUACUAUUUCCUGAUGCGAGCAAGACUCUCGUACAUGCACGAUGGCUGCCACUGCUGGAGGAUUUUGGUGUAUGCGGCGCACUAUCGUGGGGCAGUGCGGUGUUGGCAUAUUUGUAUCGAGAAUUGAGUAGAGUAUCUCUGAUGCAGAAUAAAGAAUUCAAGGGAUGCUGUACGUUGAUACAGAUUUGGUCAUGGGAGCGCAUUCAUAUUGGACGACCCACUUUACUUAUGCACCGUGACUUAGAGGGGCAGUAUCCGUUGGCAUACAGUUCAAGUGGAGACCCUAUACACCGCCGGAGCUCGAUAUACAUUCUCUUGCACCUAUCUGCCGAGAUAGUCCCGACUUGUGGAGAGCCAGAGUUCCAUUGA